AAUCCAUUUCUCUUCCCUCUCUCUGCGUUUGCCAGUCUUGUCUCUUCAGCAUCCAUCUGUCCUUCUGAUGUCUGGCAACUUUUUACUGCUUUUCAUCGAUUUUGUUUCUGGUGGAGUCUAAGAAAACUUUCAAGAGACUAAGAGCUUUGGGGUAUUUUUUGUGUCAUCUCUAAUCAUCGGGGGCUGUGAAGGAGGACAAGGCCAUGGCCUCCUGGUUCAGCUGGAAUGAGCCGUAUCACCGGAGCCCACAGCGGGACCCGGCCGAUGUGGUCACCGACACCCUGAUGCUGGAGUUCAGCUGGCAGCUGAAGGAGGCAGAGAGGCAGCAGAGAGAGAGGGAGAACGAGUACCAGCGCCUCAAAACCGGAGUGGACUACAGCUGGCUGGCCAACACGCCUCGGCCCUCCUACAACCUCAGCACCGGGGAGAGGAUCGGCCUGGAGGACCUCUGCUCCAAGGUGCCGCCGCCUUACUGCGGCCAGGUCAUACUGAAGUUCAGGGAGGUUCUGCAGGCCAAUGAGCCCGAGGUGCAGGAGGUGUCCGACCUGUUUCGCUCCGUCCUCCUGGAGACUCUGGACCACCUGAAGGAGGAGCGGGAGACGCAGCGGCUCGCCCACCAGUGGAACAACAAACGUGCCAUGAGCAUGUCCCUCAUGAACUUCAGGUCCCGGAUCAAGAUCAACCCGUUUGGAAGCACAGUUGGCCUGACCUCCGCUGUGACUGACGAGGCCGGGUUGAGUGACCUCAAGACCGUGUCAGAGGAUGUGGAGAGAGGCAUGGGGGGGUCACAGAGGGUGUGGAGCAUGCCUGACUUCAGAUACAAAGGAACCAGCAGCAGCAAGGUUGCCUGAUGUGGGGCGAUCACGGCACAGGACCCGAAGACACGGAAUGUCCACUUUGCACCAGACGAGGCAGGAUGAAUCGUCCUCUUGUCAGUAUGACACCAAUCAGCAUCGGUCCAUUUACUGAUUUACCUGUUCACCUAAAUGGGCAAUGUAAGGUGUUUUUUUUGUGGAACUGAAACAGUUACAAUUUAGUGUAAGAGUAUCGCCUCUGGCAGUGAUGCGUCUUAUAUUUUGUAGACAUUGCUAUCUAAGCAUUGAGGGCUAUUUACUGUUGGCUUUAGAGGCUUUCUUGACUCCUAAAUAUUGCAGGAACACAUGAAAUAUGUUGGUGUUGUCUUGUCACACAACACAAAAUAGCUGCAAAGGUGAAUGGUCUUUUAUGACAGUACGCAUGUAUGUACGUACAUAUAUAUAUAUAAAAAUUGUAUGUACAAGUUAUUGGUGAUAGUCGACGUCAUUCAGAGGGUGAAUCAUGCUCCUCUUCUACAUACAGCACACAAAGACUCAGCACAAUAAUUCAUCAUUCAAUGUCAACAAACUGAAAGCGUUCCUUCUGUUCUUCAUUGAAAGAAGGCGUCAAAAAGACCUUUUUGAGAGCAGAAAACAAACCUCCCGGUAGUUAAUUGUGUUUUUUUUUCUGUUUGUCACAUCACCCUGCAGGUUUACUCCAUAUACAGCUCUCAAGUGGAUUGAUUUAUUUCAAUUUAAUAAAAUGACUGAUGC